AUGGCUCUCCGCGCCGGGCCCCGCGCCUUCAGCCGCGCCGAGCUGCGCCAGCGCUGCGCCCAGGGCUCCUGCCUGGUGCUCCGCGGGCGCCGCCUCUACGACCUCUCGCCCUUCGUGCGCCUCCACCCGGGCGGCCCGCAGCUGCUCCUCCAGCGGGCCGGCAGCGACAUCGGCGCCGCGCUCGACGGGCCGCCGCACCGGCACUCCGACAACGCGCGCCGCUGGCUCGAGCAGUACUACCUGGGCGACCUCCGCGAGCCCCCGCCGGCCCCCGCCGCCGCCGCCCGAGACGCGCAGAGCGGUGUCGAGACAUGCACCUCCACCUGUCCACCAGCAACCAAGACGAACAGGAAGAUGGAUCCCCGGUGUCAGGCGGUUGAUAUGGAUAAGGAUCUUGUGGACUGGCGCAAGCCAUUGCUCUGGCAGGUGGGCUACCUGGGGGAGAAGUAUGAUGAGUGGGUACAUCAGCCCGUGGACCGGCCGAUCCGCUUGUUCUACUCGGAUUUCAUAGAGUCUCUCUCCAAAACAGCAUGGUACAUGGUCAUAGCUGUCUGGAUUCCAGUGGUGCUCUAUCUGAUCUGGUAUUGCUAUACAUCUCUUGCCAAAAACGACACCCGACUUUUUUCUUCAUUCACAACAGAGUAUUCCAUCCGUGUUCACAAGUACUUUUUCCCAGUGAUCUUCAUGGCUGGGAUGUUUACCUGGUCCUUCAUCGAAUAUACCAUCCACCGUUUCCUGUUCCACAUGAAGCCGCCCGCCAGCAACUAUUAUCUCAUCACCCUACACUUCAUGCUUCAUGGCCAACAUCACAAGUCUCCAUUUGAUGACUCGCGCCUAGUUUUCCCGCCUGUACCAGCAUCCCUGCCCAUCUUUUUGUUCUACCUGCUUGCCAAUCUUCUGUUUCCGGAAGCAUUUGCCACAUCCCUCUUUGCUGGAGGACUUUUUGGCUACGUUCUCUACGACAUGACCCACUAUUACCUGCAUUACGGCUGUCCAAAAGAAGGCACUUACCUGCACAGAUUGAAGGCCUAUCACGUAAAACAUCACUUUGAACACCAGAAAGCAGGUUUCGGCAUCACCAGCACAUUAUGGGAUUAUCCAUUCCAGACGCUAAUCCCAGAGGAAACCUUUGAGAAAGAAGACUAGCAUCCGCUGCCAUUCUCCUGUGUGAUCAUCAGCAAGAUUUUGUGUGUGUGUGUGUGUGUUGCAGAACUGUUGGACUUUUGAGGCUUGUGACCCUCAGAGAGAAGAGUAUGGGUUUGGUUUCAUUUUUUCCCCUGUGGCCCGGUGACUCUGUGUAAGGUAUUGCUUCUAGGAGGCAGGCUGCCUUAUGAGGUGGCUGAAACCCUGGAGCCCCACAGAGGCGAAUGGAGGGGAGAGGAGGAGGGCUGUACUUCUGGGCUGUAGCCAGGGUGAGAGCACAAGGAAAGGGUCAGAUGCACCCCAGCUGAGACCUCUGUUUGAAAUACUCCAGAAAUGUUACUUUUUAAAGACGGUAUAUGCAGUAGCCAUCUUGGUGGGGAACUCGUGUCUCAUGAUCCAAACCGCUCUUGCUAUCAGGGCACAGCCCAAACAGUUUGGGUGGUGGUCAAAGGACUGCACGCUGGAAUGAAGGAGAGCUCUGGAGAUACCAAACUGUUAAUUCUGGGCAAUGAUCUACACCCAGCUCAAUGCAUCACCGACAAAGGGAAAGGGGCAUUUGUUCUGCAUAAGCGAGUAAACUCGUUGGGUAUCUGCAGUGGCCGCCAUCCCUUUGGACCUGGAGGCAAUCCUGACACAUUUAAGACGGGGCUUCAUCAAUUCCUUGGGUUUAUUAGCCCAGUGCCAGGACUGGGAUGCAGAACAAUAGCAGUGUGAGGUCUAAGAGAUCAGCUAAGCCUCGCUCUCCUGUCCCAAGACCGGCCGUCUUGCACCAAGUGCCCUCGAUUGGUGCCUCUCCCAUCACUCAUGCCGCUUCUUCUUGACUCAGAGACUGGAAACGACACAAUGCCACAUGGGCAUCACAUUUGAAAUCUUUGGUGGGUUGUGGCGGGGCUUUGGCGGGUUGUGGAUCGGAGCAGAUGAAGGCAGAGAGAGAGAAUAGGAAAUUGGCAGAAUAGGGGGGGGAAGAGAAUUUCCCAAGAUCUGAACAGGUGGAAAGAAGUGUGGGCUCCUCUCCUCCAAAUACCCCCGGAUUCGGAACCAUUCGACCAAAAUUAUAUAUUUGUAGAAUUACACAGAUAUGACAUUCUGCUGUGGUCAAAUGCAAAAGGGAUCCAAAAAUAUGCUGAGGAAUACUGUACAUUCUCCUAUGACUGUGUCGGAUGACUCUGAUCCUGGAUUCCUUAUUUAUUUUUCGCAGCCUGUUAAUUCUCAAGACCAUAUCAGUUUCUUCAUGAGCUGCCUUCUGAAUCCAUUGCACUUCAUUCCCCAUAAGACAGUCAGUGGUACUCACUCCACAGCUUGCAUUCCAUGAACCAAAAGAGACAUGUUCACUUCCAGGGCUUUUUUUUCAGCUGGAACGCAGUGGAACGGAG